GGUUUCAAAUUUGCGCGUUCUAUUACAAUGUUGACUCAAAUAUUUAUUUAUUCAGAUACUAUCUAUGGUCGUCGACAUUACCAAAAAUCUAUUCUACACAAAAACUGGUGAUCAAAGUCAUAAUUUCGGGGCGUGUUGUAGCCUAAUUUCAUGAACGUCUUUUAUUGAGAAGUAAGUGGCACACGUAUGACUGCCACGCAAGUAUAUUAGAUAAAAACAGUAUUUAACCACACCGCUAUUCACAAGACAUGUAGGAUUCGAAGAAAUCAAGACCUCGGGCGAUAUUAUUAUGUUAAAAUUUAUCACUGCCUAUAUAUAUGCGUAUUCUGAUGCUAUAUUCGAUGUUGUUCUUCUGGUUUACAUUCAUACUGCAAUAGCAAAUUUAUACUGUGAAAAGAAUGCACGGAAGAUAUGCAUUAGGGAUAUUGUUUCUCUUGCUAAAUACUUCUAAUUCUCAGAAAGCACCUGGAAAAAUAUCGCCAUGCUUGCAUAAUUUGCCCGGCCAAAAAGGAGUUAUAUCAUACCCUGGAUUCAAAACAAAUGGAAGAAAUCUGAAACUCUUUACAGAGAACCGAAACAUGAACGGUGCAUGUCUUCUCUAUGGGAGAAUACCCCACGCGAAAGAUUUAACGAUUGAUAUAACUUCAAGGCAAAAGAGUUGGAUGUCCAUUGGUGGUAAGAAAUACAGGAAGAGCUCUUGGAACAACUUUGUCGCUAUUUACGGGGAAACAGAUGAUAUACGAUACACAACUAAAUAUUCCUAUAAUGAAUAUCUGCAAGAUCUAAAAAAUGGGACAAUUCGGAUUAUUUUACCUGGAUAUGAAUUCACAUUUUUCAGAAUUGUCUUUCCUGAAAAUAAAUCAGCAUUCACGCUGAAGUAUUCUACGAAGAAAAGCGUUCGAUGUAAACGUCUCGAUGCUACAGUUGUGGAUAUUGUGUCAUGCACCAAUGCGAAUAAAAUUAACUCCAAAUGCAAAGUGAAAUGCACUAAAGGAUUGGCUCCUUCUCCUUAUUUAUAUCAAAACGAUGUAAAUUUUCCGAAGUCAGAAUCUGUACUCCCUUACAUGAUGACAAAAUGCAAAGGAAAUGGCUUUAAUCCUCCAUCCUGGGAUCAUGAUAUCACGAUUGCUGAUUUUGAAUCGUUCUUUGCUGAGGAUAUGAUUAAUCCGAUCAUUCUUCCUGUCGAUUCUUUUUUUCCAUCAGACGUAACUGCCAAUAACAUCAAGAAUAAUAGGUCCGAUAUACCCGGGUGGAUGGAUGUUCUUGAAUUCGACACCGAAAACCCAGCGCUUCCUGAAUUAAAUAUUCCAGAUCGUCAUAAAUGUGUUGAUCUUAAAAUUGUUGCAGACAUCUGUUUUCAUAAUGCCGGGAUAGUCGAUAUGUUUUUGGGACAUAUUUCCGCCUGUAAUUAUCCUGUCGAUUAUCUUCUUGAAUUGUUUGGAGAAAAUCAAGGAGAAGGAAUUGAUCCAGAUACUUUGCCGACUCCAGCUCCAAAAACAUUUAACGAAAAACUACAAGAACUUGACCAGAAUGAAAAAGCAGCGUUUUUAUUCAAACUAUCAGAGUUUGAUCCAACGUGGAUUGAUAUAAAAUGUUGGAAAAAUUUAACGGAAACGUUACUUCAACAACUCAAAAGACAAACAAGAAACGUUAAAUCUCGUGAAAUAACAAACGCUGUUAAUCAGCUUUGGGGAAGCUAUUUGCAAUACUUGUACGGGGUAAAUAUAAAAGGAAGUUUCAAUAAUGUACAAGAUCGUAUCAAUAGAAAUACAUAA